UCUUUAUACAGUCGUAAGCAGCACGCUAUCUCAGUUUUUAUAACUCUAAAAGCCUGCACUGAGACUUGAACUAGUGACAACUCGUAUGGUAUUCAUGAUCUAAAAUCACAAACGCCAGGCCAUGUCCAGAUAAUUACUUGUAUUGCAGGGAAGUGGAAGAGGAAAUUAAAAAAGAAGGACACAGCAUCAAAAAACCUGUUUGGUUAAAAAUGGCCGACAGACGCCAGUCACAGACGAGUUCGAGUGAGACGAGCGUGAAAUCCGCCAACAUUCCCGCUCACCACAAGUGGAUGCCCUACACAGGGCCAGUCGUCUUUACAGGACCUAGUGGAUUGCGCGAUUACAGAGCAUCAACCUUUGAUGGAUACCAGGCGAUUGGAAUCGGGGCCAGAUCUGAAGAGUCCACGGCGGAGGUGUCGUAUAUCAACAGAACCGCGCCUGGACAAAUGUUUCAGAAACCUAAGAAUAGACAGAUUGGUGAAAUAGGAUGGGAAUACGAAACAUUUAAACUCGUGAAGGGAAUCUGACCAUUUAUGACACUUGCCUGACUUGACUUGUCAUCUCACCAACCUGAUAUGACAUCUUACUGAAAUGAUAUGACAUCUCACUAACUUGAUGACACCUCUGACAUUAUUUGACAUCGCAUUGACCUAAUAUGAUAUCUCACCGACCUAAUAUGACUUCUAACUAAUCUGAAAAUUUCUCAUUAACCUGAUGCCACCUUUGAAGUUAUAUGACAUCUCUUUGACCUGAGAUGACAUCUCACUAACCUGAUAUAACAUCACUAACCUAAAGACAUUUCACGAACCUGAUAUGACAUCUCUCUGAUAUUAUAUUACAUCUAAUUAACCGUAUAUAUCCCAAUGAUAGUUAUGACCUCCCACUGAUCUAAUUUGGCAUCGUACUAACCUGAUAUGACAUGUUACUGACCUGAUAUGACUGAUAUGACAUCUCACUCAAUUGAUAGGACAUCUUACUGAUAUAAUAUGACAUCUUGCUAACCUGAUAUGACAUAUCACACCAAACAUGCGUUUCCCUCAAAUGGAUCACUCUGAAUCAGUUUGUGAAUAUUAAAAUGACUGGAUGUU